UUUUUUUUUGAAUGAAAUGACCAAUUGCUUCCGUCACCUUCUCUCUCUCUCUCUCUCUCUGGAAGUCAAGUAAUAAGGCGAUUGCUUGAUCCCAUCUAGGGCAAACGUAACGAACUUUGACUUUCUCGAGAAAACAUGCCAGAAUUUCUUUGAAUUCCCGUCCUGUGAAACUCGAAAUUCAGCUUUCUGGGUCUUGAUUCGGAAGAAAGGAUGGGUAACAAGAUCAUGUCCAUGAUGAAGAAAGACAGCAAAGACGGAUCUAAGAGCAAGAGAAUGAAUCGCUCUCAGAGGAAACUGCUCGCUGAUGAAGAGAUGUUGCAUCGCCGAGCUCUGUCCAUGGCCAUUCAUCAGACUCAGCUUUCUCAGAGAUUCGACGGAUCCAUGUCUAGACGGGUCGGGUCUACUAGCACCAGGAAACAACGCACCCUCUCUGACCCCUUUUCUAAUGGCAAGCAGGUACCAGAUUUUUCAUCAGAGAGCUUGACAGUGAAGAAAUUCGUCUUGGUGCACGGUGAAGGCUUUGGGGCGUGGUGUUGGUACAAAAUCGUUGCUUCACUGGAUGAGUCAGGACUCUCUCCUAUUACAGUGGACCUCACUGGAUCUGGUUUUAAUAUGACUGACACGAACACUGUCUCUACCUUGGAGGACUACUCAAAACCAUUGAUCGAGUACCUCGAAAAUCUCCCUGAAGAAGACAAGGUUAUUCUGGUUGGUCAUAGCACUGGAGGUGCGUCCAUUUCAUACGCUUUAGAGCGGUUUCCUGAGAAAAUCUCCAAAGCUAUAUUCGUAUGUGCAACCAUGGUUUCUAAUGGCCAAAGACCCUUUGAUGUUUUCUCUGAAGAGCUUGGUUCCGCAGAGAAGUUCAUGAAAGAGUCCCAGUUCUUGAUCUAUGGCAAUGGAAAAGAUGAGCCUCCUACAGGGUUCAUGUUUGAGAAACAACACAUGAAAGGCUUGUAUUUUAAUCAAUCACCCAACAGGGAUAUAGCACUGGCAAUGAUGUCGAUGCGACCUGUACCACUUGGACCAAUGAUGGAGAAGGUAACACUGACCGCAGAAAGAUACGGGAAAGGGAGAAGAUUCUAUGUUCAGACACUAGACGACCUAGCGCUCUCACCAGACGUUCAAGAGAAGCUAGUGAGAGAGAACAGCCCUGAAGGAGUGUACAAGAUCAAAGGAAGUGAUCAUUCUCCUUUCUUCUCAAAGCCUCAGUCUCUACACAAGAUCCUUCUCGAGAUUGCACAGAUUCCUUGAGAUCAUCUGAGACCAUCUUUGGAGAGGAUAUUGAACAUAUUCUGGUUUGAGAAUACUUUUCUUUUCUUUGGGACCAUUUAUGUUAUUGUACACAAUUUUUAGAAUCGAUCCAUAGAUCAUACUUAUAACAUUUGAAAGAUAAAAGUGGUUGAACAACAAA